GCUGGAGGGCGCAGGGCGGCCGCGGGUGGUUCACGAUCGCCCGCAGGAGUGAAGGGGCGGUGGCGGCAGGGGUAGGUCUGGCCGCGCGGACCGAGCUCCUAGCUCGGGCAGGUCACCACUUACAGGACAACAGCCAUGAGCCUGGUGGCCUGCGAGUGCCCUCCUGACCCAGGCCUGGAGCCUGAGCCUUGCUCCCGAGCACGGUCCCAGGCCCGUGCAUACCUAGAGCAGAUUCGCAACCUGGUGGCUCCUGGGGCCCCGGACAUGACCAAACGUGACUACCUGGUGGAUGCAGCCACGCAGAUCCGGCUGGCCCUGGAGCGCGAUGUCAGCGAGGACUAUGAGGCCGCCUUCAACCACUAUCAGAACGGCGUGGACGUCCUGCUGCGAGGCGUACAUGUCGACCCCAACAAGGAGCGACGUGAGGCUGUCAAGCUGAAAAUUACCAAGUAUCUGCGCCGGGCUGAGGAGAUUUUCAACUGCCACCUGCAGAGGACUCUGGGAGGAGGAGCAAGCCCGGGCACGGGUUUCAGCAGCCUGAGGCUCCGGCCCAUCCGCACACUGAGCUCUGCCCUGGAGCAGCUGAGGGGCUGCAAGGUGAUCGGGGUCAUUGAGAAGGUGCAACUGGUCCAGGACCCAGUGACUGGAGGGACCUUCGUGGUAAAGAGCCUGUCCAGGUGUCAUGUGGCAAACCGGGAGCGGCUCACCAUCAUCCCGCAUGGCGUCCCCUACAUGACUAAGCUGCUUCGGUACUUUGUGAGUGAGGACUCCAUCUUCUUGCACCUGGAGCAUGUGCAAGGAGGCACUCUCUGGUCCCACCUACUCUCCAAGGGGCGCCCCCAACAGUCUGGGCUCAAGUCUGACUCCAGCCCAGAGAGGACGAAGGCUCCAUUCAACUCGCCUCCCAGCCUCCAGACCCCAGUACUGCUCCCUCUGGGACCCUCCCUCCUGCAGGACAGAAUUCUUCUAGAGCCUCCACGGACUCCUCAGAGCCUUCCCCAAGCCAGGGGGACCCCAUCCAUCAGUCCCCAGAGAGGGGCUGCGGGUGGCCCUUCAGCCAGGACCCCCACUUUCUGCCCCUCGGACCUUCUGAAGGCCCCAAGUGGCCGCCUGCACCUCCAAGCCAGGCGGGGACCCGGCCAGAACUCGGACACCAGGCCCUCUUGGGGGCUCCCUUGGGUUCAUCAGGGAGCUGUCCGGGUGCUGGGGGCCUGCGGCCGAGGCAAAAGCCCGAGCCGCCCCUUAGCAGAUGGGGUCCACCCCGGGGCCAGCAGGGGUGCCUGGCAUGUGAACGAAGAGCAGGUGAGGCAGUGGGCAGCGGAGACGCUGGUGGCACUGGAGGCGCUGCAUGAACAAGGGGUACUGUGCCGAGAUCUCAAUCCCCGGAACCUGCUACUGGACCAGGCAGGUCACAUCCGGCUCACAUAUUUUGGCCAGUGGUCAGAGGUGGAGCCGCACUGCUGCAGGGAGGCUUCGGACAAUCUCUACAGUGCCCCAGAGGUGGGCGGGAUUUCUGAGCUGACGGAAGCCUGUGACUGGUGGAGCUUUGGGUCUCUGCUGUAUGAACUGCUGACUGGAACCGCAUUGUCACAGAGCCACCCCUCGGGAAUCCAGCCCCAUACCCAGCUCCAGCUGCCUGAGUGGCUCAGUCGCCCAGCGGCCUCCUUGCUGACUGAGCUGCUGCAGUUUGAUCCUGUGCGGCGCCUGGGCGCUGGAGGAGGCGGUGUCAACAAGCUCAAGGCCCACCCCUUUUUCAGUACCACCCAGUGGAGCAAACUGGUGGGGCAGAUCGGACUCCUCCACCCAUCCAUCCUCCAGCCGUCAACAGAUGCCCGCACCUUGACUGCAGAGCCGCCGUGUUGAAGGGUGCCUUCUGUGGCAUUAGCUCAGAGCCCCUGACCACCUGCCAACCUGACUGCAAGGUUUCGUGACCAUCUGCCAUGUGCCCCGCUUGGGACCUGUCUGGAGACUCAUCUUAGGAUACAAGUCCACUGGCUCUGUGGACCAAAACCCAGGCUGCCUUGCCUGUCAUCUCAGGCAUGCACCUAAGUGGGCCUCUCCCCCUUCCCAGGCUACCCCUGUAGGGUAUGGGGAGGCUGGGGAAGCAAGAAGUCAGUAGUGGGCAUGGGGUGAGGUGGGGGACAGAAUGGUCUGCUCCCCAUCCUGACUAUGCCCCUGAUUUGUGAUUUCAGACUUUGGAGAACAAAAGGCGGGAGAGGAAAAUAAGGAUAAGUGUAAUAAAAGGGGAGGGAGGAAUGCACAGCUCUGCCCCUUAAGAGUAAUUCUGUAAACAGAGUAGAGCUCCAUACCCUAGCAAGCCCACCAGUGCAUUAAGGGGAGCAGACCCCAUGGGUCAGAGAGGGGACCACAGUGCAGCCUCCAGGCUGAAGCCGCCACCACCACUCAUUGUACCCAUUAGGAUUCCCUUCUCAGGCAUUCGUACUGUUCACCGUUUUGCAUUUUCAUCUUGAGGGUCCACUCAAGUCACCGCCCACUGUGACUUCAUCCCCUUUUGAAGUGAGAAAGGAUAAAACGUGGAUUGAUUGCCUAAGCUUUUAGCCAGAAGCAAAAUGUUUCUGGCCCCUGAAGAGCUGGGGUAAGUAGCUACCCCAAAGACCAUCCCCUCCCCAAGUUUGGGGGCCCUCUUAUUCCUCUCGGGAUUCACCCUGCUACUGGGGUGUGGCAGCCAAGACGGAAAUUUACACUAGACCAUUACCCUCAACUCCUUCCUUCCAGUUUGUCUCUGACACCACCAGGUGGCGCCCUGACACUUUGAAGGUCCAAUCUUAACUCUAGAGGUAGGGACACCAGGGAGCACCGCCUGUUUGUGCUCUCCCUGCGCCCUGGCCAGGCCUCCCCCCCACCGCAAUAAAGCCUGCUGGUACCCAUGGUGUCCCUGCCUCCUGACUGCGACGAGAGCAGCCCUGCCACGAAAUUGGAAGGCUCCUCCAGAGAAAUGCCACACUGGUCAAGAGUGAGCCUGGAGUCUACUAGAAGGCCUUGCUUCUCUGCUCAAGAUCCAAACGGGCACUCUGCACUCAGUAAGUGGUUCCUGGUGUCAAGUGGCAGCAAGCUCAGGCCUGG